CCAAAAUCCCUCCAACUUAUAGUUAUACCUAUCGUAUUAAACACGCACGGUUGGGAUCUGAAUAAACUCAGCUCAAUUCAUUCAUCUUCGAAUUCAUUCAUUCUCUACCAAAACCCUAAUUCUUCAUCCAUUUUUACUCUCAUGGCUGAUUCACCUCCUCCAAGGAAUUCAAGGUCUCCUUCACCUUCACCAUGGAAAGCUCAAUCGAGAUCAAGAUCAAGGUCAAGGUCUGUUCCAAGACAAAGACCAAGAUCUGACUCCAGAGGCCGUGGCAGAUCAAGGUCUCGAAGUCCUGUAAGGGAGGUCAAUGCUACAAAUCCUGGUAAUACACUAUAUGUUACCGGUCUAUCUUCAAGGGUCACCGACAGAGACCUAGAGGACCAUUUUUCUAAGGAGGGAAAAGUUGCUUCAUGUUUUCUUGUGGUGGAGCCACGUACCCGAAUUUCUCGUGGUUUCGCUUUUGUUACAAUGGAUUCCCAUGAGGAUGCUGAACGUUGUAUCAAGCAUCUCAAUCAAUCAGUUUUAGAGGGUCGCUACAUCACUGUAGAACGGUCAAGAAGAAAGCGUGCAAGAACUCCAACACCAGGGCACUAUCUUGGGCUGAAAAAUACUAGAGACUAUGGCCCUCGUGGUGAUCAUCGCGGUGACCAUCGUGGUGACUUUCGUGGUGACCAUCGUGGUGACUUUCGUGGUGAUCAUCGUGGUGACUAUCGCAGUGAUCAUCGUGGUGACUAUCGCGGUGACUACCGAGGUGAUCGGGGAAGGAAUCGUGGUGGUUCUGGUCGUGUUGAUUAUUCAGAUCGUAGGUCUCCAAGGCGUUCACCAUAUCGCGGUGGCCACGAUCAUUCACCACAGCGCUCACCCUAUGUUGGAAGGUCUAGGAGGGAGAGAUCUAGGUCCAUUCCUCGUUCUCCUUAUAGCCCAGACAGGAGGUAUGCUGCUGGAUCUAGGUGAGAUGUGGUUAACUUGCCUUGUUUCCAUCUGUGAACAGGGUAAGAAAAAUUUGUUUAAUAUUUUAAGUUGAUACUACUACAGCUAUCAGUUUGUGUGCACUCUACUCUAUGUGUGUAUUGUUAGAACUUGUAGUUCUUCUAGUGUGACUAUCAGUCUGUGCCUUAUUAUCGAAGUGAUGCAAGAAUUUGAUUUUGGACUUCAGUGUUUUAAAUUUUCGAUUUCAAGCAUAUAGGAUUUUGCUAUGUGGAGCCUUUGUUUUGGCA